UAAGCAACUACUAGGACUCGGAUUUUGAUUUGCUAGUUUAUAAACACCACUGCCUCAGUUUGUGGCAGAAUAGAGAAGCAAAACUCCCAUGGAGUACGCUAUCAUCAACCCAAGAUGGUCUCUUUGCAUCUUCGCCAGCUUUUUUGGUUUCGUCUUCCUCUUUCUUAACCAUGAUCAAGGCCAAACUCUUAUCAGCAAUAUCGUUCCUUCUCUUACAAGUUUAGGAUUUGCCAAUAAUCAUAACAUUUCCAUCACAGAGUACUACGGAGAGCUCAAUAUCAUGUCAUCUCCUCAAAAUAGUUCGCCUCAUCAAAAUUCUUCAUCUCCCCAGAAUAUUUCAUCCUCACAACUCAAUACUACAAUUGACAAAGUUUUUGCGCGAGAGAAGAUGGAGGCGUCGUUGAAGUUGAACAGUAGUGUUAGCGAGAUACUGGGGAUGUCGAUAGAAGAAGAACAAGAGGAGUGCGACGUUUUCGAUGGGAUGUGGGUUUAUGAUCCUAAGGAUUAUCCAUUGUAUCAUGGUCAUCAAUGUCCUUUUCUUAGCGGUCAAGUUGUUUGCCAGAAAAAUGGGAGGCCAGAUUCUGACUAUGAGCACUGGAGGUGGAAGCCAAGAGGCUGUGAUAUACCGAGGUUUAAUGGGACUGAUAUGCUGGAGAGAUUAAGAGGAAAAAGAGUGGCAAUCAUCGGCGAUUCUCUUAAUAGAAACCAGUGGGAGUCGAUGGCAUGUCUCCUUUAUUCAUCUAUCAAUCAACCAUCGCGAACAUUUAUCAAGUUAACAGACACCUACAAAAUCUUUCGAGCUCUGGACUAUGAUUUCUCACUGGAAUUCUUCUGGAGUCCGUUUAUGAUAAAAGCAGAUCAAAUGAAGAACGGAUCAAAAGUUCUGAAGCUCGAUGAGCUUGUAGAACCUUGGAAAUGGCAGGAUGCUGAGGUCUUGGUUUUCAACACUGGCCACUGGUGGACUCACCACGGGAGAGGCAAAACGUGGGAUUAUUAUGAGCAUGACGGAAAGCUGGUUGAGGAGAUGGAUGGGGACUCGGCGUUUGAGGCUGGACUCAAUACCUGGGCGAAUUGGAUUGAUCGAAUGGUGAACCCGAACAAGACGAGGGUUUUCUUUCGUAGUAUCUCUCCUCAGCAUACACGGUAUAAUUUGCACUGGUGUUACAACCAGAGCCAUCCAAUCACCAACGAGGUUUACAGACAGUCAUUUAAACAAUCAAUGAUAUCUAUAGUAGAGAAAACUAUAAAGAAAAUGAAAACUCCAGUUAAAUAUCUCAACAUCACAAGGUUAUCAGAGUAUCGGCGUGAAGCGCACACAUCUAUAUACACUGUGAGGCAUCAGAAGCUAUUAACUGAUGAAGAGAGAAAGCAGCCAGAGAUAUUUGCAGACUGUAACCACUGGUGUCUUCCAGGAUUGCCUGAUACCUGGAAUUCUUUGCUCUAUACUUUCAUUGUUGGAUCUCCCUCUGUUAUUCUAUAG